AGAGGUUGUCCUUGAUGACUUGUUUCUUGGCAGGGCAUUCUGGAGCAUGAUCUGUUCCAGCGCUCUCUAGUGGCCUGUUGUCUGGAGAUGGUCAACUUCUCCCAUCAGCCACCAGGCAGCUUCCCCCUGGUCAUUGACAUCUUUAGCCUGGCGCCAUACGACUUCUACAAGGUGAUAGAGCUGGUGCUGCGGGCUGAGGAGGGCUUGCUGCCGGGUGUGGUCAGGCAUCUGACCCAUAUAGAGGAGCAGGUCCUGGAGAGUCUGGCCUGGAGGAGAGACUCACCACUCUGGGACCAGAUCAGAGCUGCUAAGGGACAGGGACAGCUGCCUGCAUACCAUCAGGUGAUGCUCCCCCAAUACUCAGAGGACACAGACAAGAUGGCCAAGAUCCCUCCCACCCCUUCACACUUGACCUCAAGCCUUGUGAAUGGGAUCCAUGGAAAUGACCUGAACCCUCCGAUUACCCACCAUGAACGCUACAGCUCACCCCCUGCUGGCUCAAAGAUGGCCGCUUGCCCUACCACACCAGUCAGCCCAUCCCAGUCCUCCUCUGUCAUUGUUACUGGACAGACUGUAGUCACCAUGGCAUCAGACACUGUCACCACCAACAAUGGCCAGUCAGUCACCAUACCGGUUCGAGGCAUUGCCAAUGACCGGGGAGGCAUCACAUUUACCCUCAGUGUUGUGGGUCAGCCCAUUCCUCCACAGCAAGUCUCCAGCACCUCUACCCAGCAGCCCCAGAACCCAGUCACACACAGACCUCAGAGUAAGGGCUCCAUCUCACUGUUCCUCCGCAAGGUCUACCACCUGGUGAGCAUGCGUCUGAGGGACAUCUGUGUUAAACUGGACAUCUGUGAGGCGCUGCGGCUGAAGAUCUGGACCUGCGUUGAACACUCCUUGGUCCACUGCACUGACCUCAUGCUAGACCGACACCUGGACCAAAUACUCAUGUGUGCCAUCUAUGUCAUGGCCAAGGUAACCAAUGUUGACAUGCCCUUCAAGCUCAUCAUGCAGUGCUACAAGACUCAGCCUCAAGCAAGCAACUGUUUGAUGUAGACCCCAGCAGUAGCUUGCUUACAUACCAGAGCCCUCCCAUCCAUCCUACAGGACCCAGAGCUCCCUGUAGACAGGACCAGGGGGAGAGAAGACACCUCAUCUAUUUCUACAACACCGUCUAUGUCAAACAGAUGAAAGACUUUGCCCUGCGCUACAACUCCAGCUCUCUGACCAUAGCCGGGGUUGAAACCCCUCCCCUUUCACCAUACCCCUGCCAGCGUAUUGGAUCCUUGCGCAGACUCCGCCCCUCCAACCACCAUUCCCUCUACAUCUCCCCCCACAAGCCCAGCACACACCCCUCCCCCCGCACUGGGGUCCUCUACAUCUUCAGCAGAAGCCUCUCAAAGAGUCUGAGAGAGAUCAGCGACAUGAUGAAGACAUUUCAGUCACGCACCAGGAAGCGCUGUGCAGCCCAGCUGCAGGAGGAUGGUGGGCCGCUUGCGAAGAGACCCUGUCAGGAUAGACCGUCAAACUUGCAGAGAAAGCUCAGGGACUUCGACCAGGCACUGACGAGGGCCCAGAACCAGCAACAAGCCCAGACCAGGGCCAAGGCACAGCACCGGGCAACAGCACACAAUGGGACGCAUCGAUGACUUCUCACUUUCUUUGACUUACCGUCAUGCUUCAUACUUCUUGCAGGUCUACACUCAUUGGAAGAAUAUGGACAACAGACACUGAUGAUGGGAGAAUGGAUGCUGUGGAUCUACAAUGUUAGAAAUGUUAGAAAGAAUUGGCAUCAUUUGCACCCAGUGAAGUUCUCUCAGCAAGCAAUAUUCAUGAUUCAUGAUUAAAAAAGCUGAUUUGUAAUAAUAAUGAGGGUAAUGUAAUAAUCUGAGGGUAACUAGGGCUCUGUAUCAAAUAUCAUAUCAUAUACAGUAUAUAUUCAUCCUAAGGAAGCAGUAAAGGAUUUGUGUUGGUACUGA